AUGGCUCUGGCUUCCUUGUUAUUGCGGAUCCAGAUCUCAGGAGCAGUUCCGCCUGUGCUUGUAGGAUGCAUUCUCAUGUGGACUCAAAAUCAAAUCUGCAGGCGACACACUGCUUCCCGUGAACUCAACCCCUCGGGAACCGACCUUCUAAUCCAAACAUUCUUCCACAAGUUGGUGGGAGGAUACAAAAGCAACAAUGCUUACUUGGGAGACCAUGAGACCGAGCACAGCCAAGAGUGUGGAGAUAGCGCUGUAGAGAGAAGUCCAGAUACUCUUUCACAUGUUUGUGAAGCUGAUAAAGAAAAUGUUGUUAAUGAUGGAUGCCAUGAGACUGAGCAAAGUGACCACUUAUUACGUGAUAACAUUGAAGAAGGUACAAAAAGGGUUCUAGGUAUAUCAUUAAAUAUAGAUGAGAUACACCAUGAGUUGCACAUACAUGAGAAUGCUUUCAAGAAGAUGCGCAAUCUCCGUUUCCUAACAAUUUUCACGAAUAAAUAUAUGCUCGACAAAAAGGUGCACUUACCUGACAGCUUCGACCAUUUGCCGCCUAAACUCAAAUUGUUAUGUUGGGAAGGAUACCCAAUGAAAAUUUUGCCUUCUAAUUUUUGCCUUGAAAGACUCGUCAAGCUCAAAAUGAAGAAUAGCAAGCUCAAAAAGUUGUGGGAAGGAUCUUGGAACCUUACAUGUCUCAAGGAGGUAAAUUUGUGGGGAUCUGAAAACCUAAUAGAAAUACCAGAUCUUUCCAGGGCCACCAAUCUAGAGAAGCUUUAUCUUAACUAUCGUUUGAGUUGGGGGAAGAAUCCUUCCUCUAUGCAGAAUUUCAAUAAUCUAACAAAGGUGGAAACUCAUCCAACCCCCAUUAACCAUGAAACAACCAAAGGCCUCCCUGUCGCAGAGUUUUGCAUGGAUAACGUAAAAUUUGAGAAACUAUUGGAAGGAAUACAGCCGCUUAUGUGCAUGGGAACGAUGCUGCCUGCGUCUUUGAAGGUGUUGUUUCUCUCAGAUAUUCCAAAUAUGGUGGAGCUUCCGUUCUCUAUUCAGAAUCUCAGUAACCUAACGGACAUGAAGAUUAUAAGAUGUAUGGAUCUGGAGAUUCUUCCAACUGGAAUUAACCUUGUAUCUCUGGAACGUCUCAAUCUCAAUGGAUGCUCGCGUUUGAAGACCUUUCCUGAUAUCUCAAGAAACAUCUCAUCCCUUUAUCUAGAAGAAACAGCAAUUGAAGAGGUCCCUCCGUGGACUGAGAACUUCUCUAAGCUCAAAUAUCUUCUCAUGCAAGGAUGCAGUAAGUUAGAGUACGUUUACCUAAACGUUUCUAAACUGAAACAUCUCGAGUUGGUCAACUUUUCGCAUUGUGGGGCAUUGACUGGUGCUGAUUUGAACGGUUAUCCAAGUGGCAUUGCAUUGGAAGGAGAGAUUAUUGGCACAGAGUUCCAAGCCUCCUCUUCUGGUCCAGACAAUGAUGUCCCAAAAGUAGAGUUCAGUUUCAUCAACUGCUUCAAGUUGGACGAAGAAGCUGUUCUUCAACAACUCUCUUACGAGAAACUCAUCUUGUCCGGUGAAGAAAUGCCGUUAUACUUCACUCACCGAACUACGGGAACCUCUAUGGCCUUUCCUCUUGUUCAGACCCCUCACUCUCCACCAUUCUUCAGGUUUAGGGUUUGCGCUGUGGCUGUUUUCAACUCUAAGCCCACCUCUGGUACCAUUGGAGUCUCUACAAAGGUAAAGAGUCAAUUCAAAAGCAGACUCGGAAGGUACUAUGAUUCCCCCUAUCAACACGACUACUUCUCGGUAUAUCAGAAUGGAGUUAUCUUCUUUUACUAG